CAGAAUGGACCCCAGCUCUCACAAACGCUAUCAUCUACAUGAAUGGGAACCAACAGACUUGUUUAAUGCAUAUUAUUCUGGAACAAGUGAAAAAUAUAUCACUGAAGAGACUGUGAGGUUUCCAGUUGAACAGCUUUAUAAAGUGGCAGGACAAGGUAUGCUAUGUUUAAUACAUUAAUACGUUUAAAAAACACUACACAUUCUCAUUGGUAUUACAAUAUAUAUUUUUAAAUUCUUUAUUUUUUGCAGUGCAUAGAGUAACAUACAGGACUUCAUAGUAAAACAAUGAGUUAAAAAUAAAAGAGUAGCUUAGUACACCACAGGUAAUGCACUUUUUGUGUAAUGGUAUAAGCACUAUGCACAGCCUUUCAGUGAGUAGCAGGGGGAAAAUUAACAUAAUGAGCGUCACCAGGUCUGUGGUAGAAAUCAUAAGAGUAAAUAAGGAAUAAAAACAUACAGCUUGUCUAUAAGUGUAAGCUUCCAGGAUAAGCUUCUAUAAUUGUAAGCUUCCCAAUCAGAUUAUGUGUGAAACACAUGUGUAGUUGUAUAAUGCUUCUAAAAUAAACGUUUUCUUAGGAUUUUUUUUAACCCCUUAAGGACUGAGCCAAAUGUACACAUUGUGAUCAAAACAAAACGUAAACAAAAACUUGAGUUUGCGCUAUAUUUCUGUUCUGGCGUAAUUCACCUCUUUCAUAUUAUGUGCACCCACACUUAUUAUAUAUCAUUUUAUUCAGGGGAAACAUGGCUUUCAUUUAACAUCUAAUAUUUCGGUAUGACACAUAAUUUAAUAUGAAUAAAAUGUAAAAAAAUGGAAGAAAAUAAGAAUUUACAUUUUUUUUUAGUUCUACGUGACAUUCUAACUGUGAAUGUCAUAAUACUGUUUGCUUUUACUGCAAUAAAAUACACAUAUUUGUAUUCAGCGAUGUCUCACGUGUAAAACAGUACCCCGUAUGAACAGGUUUUAUGGUGUUUUGGGAAGUUACAGGGUCAAAUAUAGCUUGUUAUAUUUUUCAGUUUUUUCACCUUUAAAUUCGCCAGAUUGGUUACGUUGCCUUUGAGACUGUAUGGUAGCCCAGGAAUGAGAAUUACCCCCAUGAUGGCAUAUCAUUUGCAAAAGUAGACAACCCAAGGUAUUGCAAAUGUCAUAUGUCCAGUCUUUUUUAGUAGCCACUUGGUCACAAACACUGGCCAAAGUUAGUGUUAAUAUUUGUUUGAGUGUGAAAAAUGCAAACAACUAAUUUGAACGCCAAUUUUGGCCAGUGUUUGUGACUAAGUGGCUACUAAAAAAGACUGGACAUACCCCAUUUGCAAUACCUUGGGUUGUCUACUAUUGCAAAUGGUAUGCCAUCAUAGGGGUAAUUUUCAUUCCUGGGCUACCAUCCGGUCUCAAAGGCAACAUAACCAACCUGGCGAAUUUUAAUGUGAAAAAACUGAAACGCAAGCCUUAUAUUUGACUCUGUAACUUAUAUUUGUGUUCAGCGAAGUCUUCCGAGUAAAACAGUACCACCCAUGUACAGGUUUUAUGGUGUCUUGGAAAGUUACAGGGUUAAAUAUAGUGCUAGCAAAUUAAAUUCCCUGGACUUUUGGCCUGGGUUGUCAGGCAGGUCUCGCAAAUUGUAAUUAAUAAAAGGACCUAACUAUGUAAAAUUAUUACAUAAAUAUAUACGUAGAAUUAUUAUUUUAUAUAUAUAUAUAUAUAUAUAUAUAUACUUGUGUAUAUAUAUAUAUAUGUAUAUAUAUAUAUGUAUAUAAUUUUUUUUAAAUUACUUUUAUUUAUAUAUAGGUAUAUACAUAGUGAUAUAUACGUAUAUACUUAAGUAUAUAGAUAUAUAUAUUAUUUUGUUCUACAUGUAUUUUGAUAUCUAUAUAUAAGUACAUAUAUAUAUAUAUAUAUAUAUAUAAAUUUAAAAAUACAGUUAUAAUGAAUUUACACGUAAAUAUUUAUUUUUAUUUAUUUUUAUUAUUUUUUGUUUUAUUUUUCAUGUAUUUACAUAUUUAUUUAUUUUAUAUUAUAUAUAAAUAUAUAUAUAUAAUGAAAAUUAUAUAUAUUUUAAUCAAUAUCAUUCUAUAUGUAUUUUGAGAUAUAUAUAUAUAUAUAUAUAUAUAUAUAAUUAUAUAUAUAUUCAUAUUAAAAUACACUUAGACAGUGUAUGUGUAUAUAUAUAUAUUUUGAUCAUAUAUAUAAUAAAUAUAUAUAUAUAUAUGAUCUAAGUAUAUAUUUUAUUUUAAACUGUAACUUUAACUUUUACUUUAUUAUUUUCAGGCAGCAGGGGGAGUACCUGUCAUUACAGGCAAUCCCCCAGCUGGCAUUGCUAUGGACGGCUAUGCCGUCCAUGUGAUCGUGAGGUCCUCGCAAGGACCUCGCGAUCACAUGGCCCAGGGGGCCGGAAAGGAUGGAGAGGGAUUCCCUGGGCUGCCAGGUGAGUCCCCACACCGUGAUCCGGCGACCGGGUAAGUACAUAGGCUUGGGUGUUCUAUGCCGUACUUGGGGACCCGGCUCUAAACGCCAGCGGGCGGCAUAGAACGCCGUCCUUAAGGGGUUAAAGUUUGUAAAAUGAGUGAAGUCUUAAUUCUUCAAAAAAAUUAUCAACCAUAGGAAAGCCUUGAUGGGUGGCUUGGAAGUGGAGUUGUAAAGAUGAAGAAACAUGUUCUAAAAUUAUAUGAAAUAUUUCAUAGUAAUUGUUUUUGAUAUUCAAAAGUAAAAACCAGAUUAUAAACAAAGGAAAGUUAUUUUUGCUUUGUUUGUUUAUUUCUUUUUUUUAAUGUUGGUUAUUUUUAUACGCAGGUCAAAUUCAAGGAGACUAUUUGAUUGAUAUUUCUGCUGGCUGUAACAUUCACCAUCUAUUGCCCAUUUUUGAGUUUUUCAGAGACAUCACUAUUUUAGAAUCUAGUGAUCUCUGUGUGAAGGAACUAGUGAAAUGGAAGCAUAAGGAGUCUAAAAACUAUGACUGGACUCACGUCUUAUCGAUUAUGGCAGAAUUGCAAGGUACAAGGUAAGGAUCUAGCUACCAGCCAUGUUUUUGAUGAUUAUUGAAUUAAAAAAAAUGUCCAUAAACUCUUCUGAAACAUAUUUUAACAAGUUAUUUAGAGAUGUAAUAGAGAACUGGAAGGCAAAUAUAUCCAUGUAGUCGAUCAGGGACAGAAUUGUGUUCUUUUUGACUAUUCAUUUAUUGUUUAUAUUCUCUGUUACAUAGACAUGCACAUGUCUAAAAAGAAUGGAUGAGUCUCUCUAUAAAGACAUUGAUUCUUAAAGACUCAUUAGUGAAAUGUAAAACAGCUAGUGAUCACUUUGCAACUUACCUGCGUAACAACGGCUCAGAGUUAUGACCAGCUCUGAAGCGCUGAGAUUCGACGUUAGGUUAGAGGGAUUCCCUUCUCUGGUGAGCUGGUCUAUGUUCAGGGGAAUUUUCCUUGAACGUAGAUUCGAUGGAUUUCCUGCGCUAGUGAGAUGGUCAAUCUCAGGGAAUUCCCCUCAACAUUGACCUUCCCUCUAGUGCAUCCUCAGUUACUGACUAAUUAAUUUACGUAAGAGCGGAACCUGGUCGGUAAGUGAGGAUCAUCUGUAAUACAAAAACCAGUCCGCCACUUUCCCAAUGUAGAGUGUUUUUAUUUUGUUAUGAUAACAUUUUAUCAUCAAUGUACAAAAAGAUGAAUAAAUAGAUUAUGUUUCGAAUACAAAGCCCCAUGGCCGCCAUCAGGGGGUGACAACUAUGAUGGUUGUCAUGGGCCUGGCGGCCCUGGGGGGCCCGGCCGCCCGGGCCCCACAAGGAGCGGCGGAACUGCCACUGGUGCAUCUGCAUCAGGGCCCAUCAGGUGGCCCAAGCAUUUAGGGCCACCUGAUGAGCCCUAUAUCUCCAGGGGCCUGGUCAGUGCUGUAAUAGCGCGACCGGGCCCCUUUAAAAAAAAAUUGCAGCUGCAUCGCAAGUUCUGCUGGGAGGAAAUGACGGCCGGUCACUUCCUCCCAGCUUACUCCGCGCGAGGGGAGAGACGGCCUGAAGGCGGAGUGGAGAGGCAUCCAAAGCCCAUCACCCGAGCCACCCUCCUGCAAUGUAAAGGUAAGUAAAAGGAGGGUGACUGAAAAAUGAGGUGUGUUUGUAUGUAUUUAUGCAUGUGAGUAUGUAUCUGUAUGUGUCAGUAUGUAUGUAAUGUAUGUCACUAUGUGUAUGUAUGUAUGUAUGCCAGUAUGUAUGUAUGUAUAUAUCAGUAUGUGUGUGUGUCUCUGUAUGUAUGUCAUUAUGUAUGUAUGUCAGUACGUAUGUAAUGUAUGUCAGUAUGUGUAUGUAUGUAUGUAUGUGUAUGUAUAUAUCAAUAUGUGUGUGUGUGUCUGUAUGAAUGUCAUUAUAUAUGUAAAUCAGUAUGUAUGUAUGUCAGUAUGUAUUUAUGUGUAUGUAUUUGUCUGUUUGUCAGUAUGUAUGUAUGUAUGUCUGUAUGUAUAUAUGUGUGUGUGUGUCUGUAUGUCAGUAUGUAUGUGUGUGUGUGUGUGUAUCUAUAUCUCCUUAUGCAUGUGUGUGUCUAUGUAUAUUAGUAUGUAUCUCUGUAUAUGUGUGUGUCUGUUUCACUAUGUGUGUGUCAGUAUGCCUGUAUGUGUAUAUGUCUGUUUCAGUAUUUGUGUCUGUUUGUUAGUAUGUGUGUAUCUUUCUUUGUGUUUGUGUGUCUGUGUUUGUGUCUGUGUGUGUAUUCCUGUGGGCGUGAUUUGGAGGCGGUCCCUGGGGGCGGGCUUGGAGGCGGGCAACCAGGGGCCCAGGCCUUGAGCUGUGUUAGGGCCCCCAAAAUGUCUGAUGGCGGCCCUGCAAAGCCCUACUAUAAAUUAUCAGUAAAAUUGUGUCUGAACUUUGUGAUCCUAUUGAAGAAACAAUUUGGAGAGAUGCAAAAUGUGUCUAGCUUUUUUUUAUAUACUAUGUUCAUUAAGUAUGCUUAUUUUUACAUACUCAUUUAUUCCUAAUUAUUAUGUUGAAUUUUUGUAAUAUCAAAUAAAGAGGUAGAUUUCUGGGAAAUCCUGCUACCCGUCUCUUCAAUAGUAGUGCAAAGCAUAGACAUAAUUUUUUUUUUGAUUAUCAUGCACCUCUUUCAGGUUAGGUGGCUUUGCUCUGCCCAACAUAGACCAAAAGUUUAGCUUGUUUAGGAAGUGUCUGCCACAGAGACAUUGUUGGGUUUCUAGGUUUCAAAGACACCAGAAGUGUGAGCCCAAAUUAAACCUUACUGACACCUGCCCACAACAUGCAAGAGUGUAUCACAGAGAUCCCAAGCAAUAUGCAAGAGUGUAUCACAGAGAUACAACUCACUCUAAACUUAAAAUCAUGGUGUGUAUGAGUGUAUCACAAAGCUCCACAGAAAUGAUGCUAUGAGAAAUGUGCAAUGUGUAUAAGUGUACUACAGAGCUCCAUAGCAAUACAUUUCACAACCUCACCAAAACAAAACUCUCAGGAAUAGUUUAUGAAAAUAAUAAAAACACACAUUUUAUGUGUGCAGAAUAAGGAUUUGAAGUGAAAAAAGAGCCAAAUAAAAAGUAAUAAAAUAAAAUAAAAAUGAAAAUAACAAUAACCCCCCACCCGACUAUUUCAAUUUUAUAGGAAUCUUUCACAGGUGGUAUAAAUUAGUCCCAAAUUAAUCAAGACACCACAAAUCAAAUUUCAUAUGUAGGCUGUUGGAUUAGUCAGUUUUUCAUCCAAAAGCUUCUCUAUAAGUCAAUUUUUUUAUCCUAUUACACUUUCUUCAGUCUACCUGUUAUAAAAGAAUGACAAAAAAAAUAAAGCUUUUUUAAACUAAAAUGUGUAGAGAAUGCUCAUGAUGCUCAAUGUAAUCACAAAAAUUAUUUAGCGAUAAUACACCUCCUUCCAAACCAAUAAUAUGUCAUCUAUAUAUCAACAUCAUAGUACCAAGCUCUGCAUUACCCCAGAUAUAUUUAGAUUCCCAGUCCCUCAUGUAAAUAUUUGUAUAUUUGUGCAUCUUACCCCUUAUACACACAAACACACACACACACAUACACACACCCACCCAAACACACACACACACAUAUAUAUAUAUAUAUAUAUAUAUAUAUAUAUAUAUAUAUAUAUAUUUAUAUAUAUGUAUAGCAUUAAUGUAUUAUUUGCCCCCAGGUGUCAAUAUAGGCAGAAAUAUAUGUUUACCUAAAUAUAUACAAACACAUGUUUUGAAUACUGUUUACAUAUACUGUAACUGUUCUCUCUAGUGGUUGUGGUGCUUGGACUGUUUUGUUUCUUAGUCACAUUUAUUUUAAAUAUUCCCAUCCAAAAAUAAACAUUAGAAGCUUGCAAUAGAUUUGUUUUAUUUAUUUAUUUACUUUUUUUCUUAAAUGAAAAACUGGUGGGUCUUAGGCCCAAUUGCUCAUAUGGACAAGUAUUUCAUGUUUAUUAUGAAGACAUGCCAAACAGAAAAAAGUGGAUGAAAUUACCCAACCAAGUAGUAGCUGAUAUGAGUUUAAAACUUAACUUUUAAUACUAACAGAAUAAAAGAAAAAAAUGAACAACGAAAUAAAUACAAAACAUACUCAAUAUUGCAAAAUCCCAGAAUGCAAGAUGCACAAAGUCAUGAAAAAAUGAAGUAUAUACACAGAAACAAUAAGAAACAAAAUAAGGUUAAUUCUUACCUCUAGCCUAGAAUGACAGGCUAUGAUAUCUGUUAGUAAGGAUUGUUAUUCUGUAGCAAUAUCAACAAACAGUUGCUUGAUAGCCCUUAAAAUGUUGGUUGCAGUCCAGACAUAGUAUUAUGAGCUCCUGUUCAGAGCUGUAGGGCAACACCACCUAAGCAGUGCUUUCAGGUUGCUGGUUUUGAACAAAAUUACAACGUAAAAACUGUCUAGGAAAGUCUAGAGACAUGAGCUCCAAUUUUGCUCCCAUUUUAGUUAUUUUAUUAUGAAGACAUGCUUUACCAAAAAAAGACAGCAUCAUUUAGGUGUAUCAAUCAUAAAAAUUGAUGACUAUGUGGGUAGUAAUGUGACCUCAUAUGAUGUUUCUUUUUAUGACAUAAUGUAGCGUAGCAGCACAAUUUCACAACAUGCAUUGUUAGAAUCAUUAUAUAUUACAUGGCAUUUCCAGAAAUCUAUUUACUUAUUGGCAAAUAAAUACUAGAUUUGUGAAAAAAUUCAACAAAUUGAUUUGUCUGAAAAAAAUUACUUUGAUGCAUAUUCAAACUAAUUGAUUUUUUCUGAAAAUAAAUGGAAAAUCCAACUCUGAAAUUCAACACUAACGGAAACAGCUCAUCCGCUUAAAACAAAUUGAGGGGUUUUGAUAUGAACAAAUCAGUUAAUUCUCAGAUUACUCAUAAUGUUUAUGGAUAAACUGAACAUUUGCACAAGUCUAAUAGAUAUUUUGAGCAAUUUAGCAAAACUUAUUUCCAAAUAAGUAAAAACAAAACAGAACAAAUCAAUUCUCCUUAUAAACACAUACUACAGAUCACGUGUUAUAUGUGUCUCCAUUGUAUGUAUGUAUUAAACUUUUAGCCACCUGGUUAUAUUUUUCAGCUUUAAGGGUAAUGAAAUGGAAAAUGCUUUAAGAAGAAAUAUCUCACACAUUUUAAACUGUGAUUUCACCAAGGAAAACAUUACAGAUCCAGUCGUUCUACCAAAAGCAGACUGCGUGGUCAGUUUGUACGUUUUCCAUGUGGUUUCUGAAGAUCUAGUCGAAUAUUGCCGGAACCUGAAAAAAGUGUCAUGCUUGCUAAAACUGGGUGGGCAUCUACUGCUAUUAGGAUUAUUUAAUGGAAAAUAUUAUACUGUAGAUGGGAGCAAAUAUCACGUAUUAACAUCUGAUAAAAAGUCAAUAGAGGAGGCUCUGAUAGAUGCAGGAUUUGUUAUCGAACAUAUUGAAGUGAUAGAAAGCAAAAUGCGCAAUGAUACAACAUAUUGUGAACAUAUGUUUUUUAUUAAGGCCUUAAAAAAGAGCAAUGUACUUGUUUAAUUUGGGACUUCACCGAAUAUUCCAUCUUAAAGGGAAUGCAUACUUAAAAAUGGAUUCCCUCUUUUCAAAAUUAUUUAGAUAGUACACUAAUGAAAAUUAUAUCAACAAACUAAGUAACCCUUUUAACAUUCCUAAUGCUUGCUAUUGACAAUUGCAUAACGCAGUGGUAGACAGACCCUAUUUCAGUAGGGAAGUGACUUACAAAUCUCUAUCAGGGAAUGAACAUGAGCUCAGAUGUUGUGUACACAUAUUGCAUGCUGUGCAAAAUAUGGACAACACUGAUUAAGGUAGCCCGGAACUAAAUGUUCCACCUGCCUGAGUGACAGGUCUGGUGGGCUGACUUUUAACUGCAAUAAUUUCUAAAACAUCAUUGUAGCUGUGAGUCCCUUUCCGAGCUGAGGGUUGGUUCAGGGUAAUUUCUGCACUCAAAAUGUUUGCAAUUAUGCAAAGUUGUUAUGAUGUUAAGAUUGGCACAAUUGUUAUAGCUAAAUAUGGCAUUAAAACCAAUCUUUAAAAAUAAAAAAAUCUAUCAUAUUUUUCUCAGCAUGCUUCAUUCUCACAGUUGUAGAUCGAAAGAAAUUAUCUUUAACAUGUAUGUUCUUUGGAACAUUUCUUUAGAUUGUAAGCUUUUGGGCAGGACUGUCAAAAUCUACCAUGUUGCUUGUGGAAUCAAUUAUUAUGUUAUUAUUUAUAUUGCAC